CAAGUAUUCUCCCGGCGAUGAAGCUGAUGAAAGGAACCAUUCCAUUUUUCACAAGAAUUUCGGUCUUGGGGUUCAAUUCAAGGGAUGGUGAAAUGAGAGGGUUGUCAUGCAUACCUUAAACAGAACCAAGGACCAUUUUUCGCAACAUAAGUAUUAAGUACUGGCUGAGCUAAGUUUGUAAUUUACUGUUAAGAAAAAUGGAUUUUGCUAUAAUUAAAAAUUUAACAUGGGCUAUGUUGUUAAUCAUUGUUCUCUCUUUUUUCCUUUUUUUUUUUUGUUAUUACUUGUUUACUUCAGUUUAAAGUGAGAAAAGGGUUUAUUUAGUGUCCUUUAAUAAUCAUUUUGGUAGCCAUUAAUGAGUAAAAGGGAGCGUGUAGGGCAUCAAUGACAUAACUUUAUCAUAUAUAUGCUACAUAUAUAACAUAAUGUGUCGGAUUUAUAUUCAUAUUUGAUACUUGUUUUGUGUUUGGUGCUAGAUAUUGCUUUGUAUUGUUCAUGAUUUAUCUUUUAAAUAACAAUAUUAUUAGAAUAACUCCAUGAAAGGGGUUGAGAAGCAUAUAAUAAUUACAUGGCUGAAGUGAUGCCUUUUAUUCACAUGAAUCAAUGAUGCAAAGCCAAAAGAUACUUAUUCAUGACUUAAGUUUUAUUAAUUUUGGGUAAGCUACAAUUAUGCUUUAAGUUUUAUUUUUGUCAUGUAAUUAAAAAAUUACAAAAUAGUUAUCCAAAUUGUAUUUGUUUUUUUUUUUUUGUUUGUUUUUGUUGGUCUAAUUUUGUUAAUUGUCGUUGACUUUGUGAUGAAAUGGCAGCUCUAAAAUCUUCUAUUUUCCUUUUUGUUCUAAACUCCUUCCCCAUAGAGGAUGGAUUUGGGAAAGUAAUGGAGGAUAAGAAAGGAGAAUACAAGAGAAAAAAGAAAAAAAAGUUAGGGAAAGAAAGAGGAAAAAAAUUUAUAAUUAGUUUGUUUUUAAAUUACUUUUUAAGACAUGCACUUUAUACAAAAAAUAUGUCCUCUACAUGAAAUUAACGUGUUAUUCACUUUUGUUCUGUUUCCUUUUUCUUUCUGGAUUAGGCAUGGAGAGAAGUUGCUAGAUGCAUGUAGAAUUGCUUAUGUGUUGUAUGAAGUACUAAAGACAGUUAUAGCUGGUCCUCAGGCCCUUGCUGACAGAGAGAGCAUUAAAGCUAGAUCUGAGUUGUUUGCCUACAAUAUUUUGCCACUUGAUCAUGGAGGAAUUAGUGGUGCACCUCAAGAUAACAACAUUAUGCUUUGGAAUGCUGUUAUAUUUGGACUUGAUGACACCCCAUGGGAUGGAGGCAACAAGGUGAAUAAUAUCGAUGAUUAUUACUUUGAUUAUUUAUGGUGCGAAGAUUAUAAGUAUAUCAAGGUGAUCUUUUCUGAUUGUCGCGAAACUUCUGCAUCUCAACCGAGGGUACAUGAAGAUUGGAUAACCAGGAAUGUAGCAGAUGUAGUUUGCGUUGUAUUUUUUAUUACCAAGAUUUACUUGAUUAAGAAAAUGCAUUGUAUUUUUUAUUAUCUUGCGAUGUGUAUAGUCAUAGGCAAGUUCAACUAGUCGAUCUAUUUCUCAUAUGUAUUAUUUAUUUUAGUUUUGAUUCUAAAUUUUUAUUUUACUUUAAUAUUUACGACAACUUUUCUAACUUUUGGAUUUUAA